AUGGCUAACAGAAAUGUCAGUGAGAUAACUGAAUUCAUCCUCCUGGGGCUGACCGAUGACCCUGAACUGAAUACGGUCCUAUUUGUGCUGUUUCUCUUGAUUUAUCUCAUCACUGUAGUGGGCAACGUUUGGCUGAUUGCAAUCAUCCUGGCUAGUGCCCAGCUCCAUUCUCCCAAGUACUUUUUCCUUAGCCAGUUGGCUUUCUUGGAUUUCUGCUAUUCCUUGGUCUUUAUCCCUAAGAUGCUGAUGAACUACAUAGCAGGACAGAGAGCCAUCUCCUAUUGUGGUUGCCUCCUUCAGUAUUCCUUUGUCAGCAUGCUCCUGACCACAGAAUACUUCCUUCUGGCUGCAAUGGCAUUUGAUCGGUACAUUGCCAUUUGCCGCCCCCUUCUCUGCAAAGGUCUCAUGACCCCUACACUCUGCAUCCAACUGGUGACUGCGUCCUACCUAGUAGGUUGCAUCAACUCACUCACCCAUUUGAGUGGCUUGCUCAGUCUGUCUUUCUGUGGUCCCAAUGUCAUCAACCAUUAUUUUUGUGAUAUCCCACUGCUGUUUCAACUUUCCUGUUCUGAUACCCAGUACAAUGAGGCUUUAUUUACAGUCCUCUCUGGGACCACAUCAGUGGCUACCUUUCUGAUGGUAGUUAGUUCCUAUCUGGGCAUCCUUCUCACUGUACUGAAGAUACAGUCUCUGAGGGGCAGAUACAAAGCCUUCUCCACAUGUGUCUCCCACCUAAUGGUAGUGACUCUCUUCUACGGAACAGUGAUGUUUACUUAUCUGGGGACCAGCUCUAGCUACCCACAGGAUAGAGCCAAAAUCCUGUCCGUGUUCUAUACCCUUUUGCCACCAAUAUUAAAUCUCCUGAUUUACAAUGUAAGAAACACAGAGGCCAAAGAAGCAAUGAAAAGAAUUAUUAUGCAAAAACUAUUUGCUCAGUGA